CCUCCCUUCUCUUGAACCCUUUCUUCCUCCUCCCUCCUCCAGUUCCCCACAUCUCUCUCUCUCUCUUUCUCUCUCUAACCCCUCUCCUACCAUAGUACUACCAUCUCUCUCUUUCUCUCUCCUCAACUAGAAUUAGCAUUGCUGCUCUGCUCAUCUAUCUCCAAUCCCAAAACAUUUCUCAAUUCAGCUCAGAGAAUUCUCCUCCUCCUGUUGCUGCUCUGUGCCUCUGCUCUGCUCCUUGACUUCUUCUUGCCACACAGCAGUACAGCUACAGAAGCAGAGUCUUUUCAAUCCCUCAUCUUUUCCAAGGUGUUCUUGGAGUUGAACCUUUUUUGCCUUUGGAGAAUCCCCAAGGUUGCUGCUGAGCUUUGUGUUGCAGUUUGAAGUGAAGUUGGAACACCUUUCCCAAAAUUUUCAUUUUUUGGGGUGCCUUUUUCACCUUCUUGUCAAUCUUAUUACAAGGCAUCAGAAAGUUUCAGAGGAAAGGAAAUUUUUCCCAGUUGUUUUCAUUGCUUUUGGAGAGUUUGGCAGCCUUGAGAUUUUAGGGGUUUAGGCGUUUCUUGGACGAACACCUCGAGCUCUUCUCCAUUUGCAGCUUGCCAAGAAGCUGAUCGGCCAUUGCAAUGUCGUCUUCUUGCAUACCGACCGGCCUGAGGCUGGACCUGGACAUCGUGAAGGCGGCGACGUCGCCGGGCGCGCACUCGUCGCCGCUGCGGCCGGCGCACUCGUCGCCGUCGUCGACGCUGUCGGAGGCGUCGAACACGUCGUCGUCGUCGGCGACGUCGGUGUCGCUGAAGCGCGCCAGGGCGCCGCGGAAGCGGCCGAACCAGGCGUACAACGAGGCGGCGGCGCUGCUCGCGUCCAUCCACCCCUCCGUCUUCCCCGUCAAGAAGAGCCCCAAGACGGCGUCGCGGCCGCCGACGAGGCAGCUCUCCGGCUUGUCGGCGGUGUUCGACCCCUCCUCCGACCUCCUCCCGCCGCUCCCCGUCCUCGCCGACGCCGCAUUCCUCCUCCGCGACACGCCGCCGACGCCGCGGCAGAACUGCUCGUCGCCGGCGCCGGUGAGCAGCGCUUUCCGGGAGUUCCGCGACCCGGCGCCGCUGUCACCGGCGAGCCCCCACACCACCGACGAGCCCGGCGAGCUCGACUUCGACGACGACUGCUUCCUCGACGUCGACGAGGCCGCGGCCGACGGCGCGGCCGGGGGCAUCGACGGCAUCAUGGGCAGCCUCACCGUGGAGACCAACACAGCCGCCGCCACAACCUCCGACGACUCCAUCCUCUCCAGCUCCGGCAUACACCCUUACCUCAGGAGCCUCAUGGUGGUCGGCCUCGCCGGCCGGUUCGAGCUCGGCCUCGGCUCGCGCCACGGCGCGCGGCCAAACCUCAACCGCGCGCUCAAGCGGCGCGACGACGACGGCGCGUGGUGGAUGUGGCCGGCCGUGCCAGUGAAAGACAUCACCGUGGCGCCGCCGCCGCCGACGCCGACGCCGACGCCGCCACGGCCACAGGGGACAGCGUCGAACACCACGGCCGCAAUGCCAUCGCCACCAUCGGCGCCGGAGAAGAAGAAGAGCAAGAAGAAGAAGGUGGUGAAGGUGGAGAAGGUGAUGGCGAGGGAGAAGGAGGAGGAGGAGUCGCCGCCCGACGCGAGGUGCAAGGAGGAGGAAGCCGCCGAUGGAACAGUGGACGCCGGCAAUGGCGACGGCGCGCCGACGAUGGCGCCCAAGACCGGGUUGGGGCUGAAGCUCGACGCCGACGACGUGCUCAAGGCGUGGUCCGGCAAGGGGUCGAUGUUCGCCGACGGCGGCGCGCCGGAGUCGCCCAAGUCGGCCGCCGAAGUGCGGGCUAAACUUGCAGAUAUUGAUCUGUUCCCUGAGAAUGGAAAUGGUGCUGGUGGCAUCAGGGAAGCCAGCGUCAUGAGGUACAAGGAGAAGCGGCGCACCCGACUGUUCUCGAAGAAGAUCCGGUACCAGGUCCGGAAGGUGAACGCAGACUGCCGGCCUCGGAUGAAGGGAAGGUUUGUUAGGAGCCCAUCUCUUCUUCAACAAGUCCUGGAGGAAGAGAGCUAGACAGAGUGACAGACAGUGAUACUUGCUAGCCUUUUUUAUGAGCACCCUUUUUGGCCUUUUAGUUCCUCAUUAGCUAAGAGAUGUGAUGAGUGAGGUUUUAUUUUUUGGCUUUGUUUGGAGUUUUGCUUUGGAGGAAGAUAGAGAAGCCUUUAGAAUGAGUUGUGAUGGAGGAUCACAUAGUUUGUCUCAGGUUUACAAUGUGCGGUAAAAAAAAGGAAGGAAAUAAAGUGAUGUUAGAAUAUACAGUUUUUUAAUCCA